GGGAAUGCGUGCAUAUGGCCGAUCGGCGUGAUUUUAAAUAAAUCAGUCAUAUUUUUCUCUCCUGAUCAGCUUGGUUUUUGAAUUUCCAAGCCCAGAAUUUUAAGGGAUCUUUAGAGUCGGAAGGUACAAGCAUGGGAGACAGUGAUGAAGAAUACGACAGAAGACGUGGUCGUGAUAAAUUUCGCCGUGAAAGAGAUGAUUAUGCAGGAAGGAGGGAGGAAAGGAGGAGAGAGCCAUGGGAUGACUCUAGGAACAGAGACAGUUGGAGCAGCAGAAAUCGUGAGAGAAGUCGAGAUAUGUACAGGGAUUAUGAGCGCGGAAGACGGGAUCGAUACUCGCCUUCCCGUCAUGAUGUCAGCCCCCCCAUGAAGAGGAUGAGAAGAGAUUGGGACGAUGCCCCCUAUGGCUAUGACAUGCCUUAUGGAGGUGGCGGAGGAGGAGGUGGGGGUGGGGGAGGACCCCCAGGGCCGCCCCAUGGCUGGGGUCCAGGACCUGGUGAUAUGCCCCCUCCACAGCAACAUUAUCCAGGUCAUAGAGGUCAGGAGCCUGACUUUCCGACCCAGCCUCCCAUGAUGACCUUCAAGCAGUUUCUAGGUCAGCAAGACGACACCAUUAGUGACCAGGAUGCUGUGAAAAAAUACAACGAAUAUAAAAUAGAUUUCUCUCGUCAGCAGAUCAAUGAUUUCUUCCUUCAACAUAAAGAGGAAGAGUGGUUCAAGGCCAAGUACCAUCCUGAGGAGUGCGACAAGAGGCGCGAGGAGAUGAUGGGGGCCCUGAAGUUUCGUGCGAGAGUUUUUACACAGCUGAUGGAGAUGGGCAAGGUGGACAGUUGUAGCGUGGAUAUCGAGAAGACGGAUAAUUUGGUGAAGUUGUUGGAUGCAGCCAUAAUACUACUGGAAGGAGGCAACGAGCAGGACCUCAAAGUACUGGAGAUGCCUGCAGAGAAACUGGAGGAGGGAAGGAGAAGCAGACCUAACUCGGAAUCACAGACACCAGAUAAAGGGACAUCUGAUGAUACCAGCAGAAGGGAAGAUCGUCAAAAGUCAGAUAAUCAGGAACCUGUUAAACUAAACAUGAACCCAGAACAGGAAGACUUACAGAAAAAGGCAGAGGAAUUCUCCAAGCAGAAGGACAAGGAAGAAGAGGAGAGUGAGAAGAGGGACAAGAAAAAGAAACGCCAUCGCGACAAGACAGAGUACAGCUACGAAAGUGGCUCGGAAUCUGAGAGUGGAUCUGACUCUGAGUCAGAGCCAGCGCCCCCUGGAGUUGAGGAUGAACCAGCACCUCCAGGGACAGGAGAGCAGGCCCCUGGGACGGACACCAAAGAGGAGAAACAGGGAGAGGAGAAAGGAGUCUCAGAAUCUGGGGUUGAAGAAGGAGAAGAGAAAGAAGAGGCAGACACCAGACCUAGACCUCUGCACCAAACUCUGUCAAUAUUCCUGAGAAAUCUGGCCCCUACAAUUACCAAGCAGGAAGUUGAAGCAAGUUUUGGGUUAGUAUCCAAAAACCCAGUGCUGAAGAACAUAACGGACUACUUGGUGGAGGAGGGGAGUUAUGAGGAGGAGGAAUUACUGGGAGAGGAGGCACUGGAGGAGAAGAAAGACGGCCAGAACGGGGAGAUCACUCCAGAGAGAGAUGAAAAAGUGAUGAAGGUACUGGACAAGAUGAUACUCUACCUGCGUAUUGUGUUCUCUGUUGACUACUACAGCGGUGCGGAAUAUCCUCAGGAAGAUGAGAUGCCACAUCGUUGUGGGAUCAUGCAUGCACGCGCAGCUAUCCCCAUUAAUAAGCUGACUCAGUCUGACAUCAGUGAGUGGGUGAACAACUUUGAGCAGAAAAUCAAGCACCUGUUGGAGAUGAAAGGACAGCUAGAGGAGGAGGAGGCAGGGAAACUGGGAAAGAAAGACCCAGAUAUAUAUCCUUUACUCUUUACUACUUUACUUGGGUCAGAAAAGUUUUAG